GUAGACUUGUGCAGUUGUACUUAGUAGUUACCAGCGUGCGGUCUAUGGUUGAAGGAGUGUUACGUGUGCCUCUGUAACGAUAUUAUUUCAAUAGAAGUCAAACAUCACAUUUAAAAAAAUAGUUAUAAAUUUAAUAGGAAAAAAAAGUAACAACAAUAAUAAUGUCUAACAAUAAAGAGCCGGCUGAUAACCAACUCGAAGAUUUUAAAAAAUCUGUUGAGAAUACUCGUGUUAUUAGGACAGGAAAUGGUGUGCCAGUUGAUGAUCAUACUAAUACAAUUCAAGCUGGAGUAAAUGGACCACUAGUAUUACAAGAUCAUACUUUUUUAGAUGAAAUAUCGCAUUUUGAUCGUGAACGUAUUCCAGAACGAGUCGUACAUGCAAAAGGAGGAGGUGCAUUUGGUUACUUUGAAGUAACACAUGAUAUUACAAAAUACUGUAAGGCUGAUUUAUUUUCGAGCAUUGGAAAACAAACUCCUGUUGCUGUAAGAUUUUCCACUGUUGGUGGAGAGAGUGGAUCAGCUGACACUGUUAGAGACCCAAGAGGUUUUGCUAUAAAGUUUUAUACUGAAAAUGGAAUUUGGGAUUUAGUUGGAAACAAUACACCAAUAUUUUUUAUAAGAGACCCAAUUUUAUUUCCAAGUUUUAUUCAUACCCAAAAGAGAAAUCCAGUUACCCAUUUAAAGGACGCAAAUAUGUUUUGGGACUUUUUGACUCUUCGUCCUGAAUCAUUACACCAAGUUAUGGUACUGUUCUCAGAUCGUGGAAUUCCAGACGGAUAUCGUCACAUGAAUGGUUAUGGAUCCCAUACAUUUAAAAUGGUCAAUUCUUGUAAUAACGCAGUUUAUGUUAAAUUUCAUUUCAAGACUGAUCAAGGUAUAAAAAAUUUGGAUGUUAAAAGAGCUCGUGAUCUUGCUGCUGAUGACCCAGAUUAUUCAAACCGUGAUUUAUUCAAUGCUAUUGCUAAGGGUGACCACCCAACCUGGACUCUCUAUAUACAAGUGAUGACAUUUGAAGAAGCUGCUGCUAAUAAAUUCAAUCCUUUUGAUAUUACAAAAGUUUGGUCACAUGCUGAUUAUCCAUUAAUACCAGUUGGCAAACUAGUGUUGAAUCGUAACCCCACUAACUACUUUGCUGAUAUUGAACAAAUUGCUUUUAGCCCAGCGCAUAUGGUGCCUGGUAUUGAACCUAGUCCUGAUAAACUUCUCCAGGGACGAUUGUUUUCUUAUAGUGAUACACAUCGUCAUCGUUUAGGAGCUAACUAUUUGCAGUUGCCUGUAAAUUGUCCAUAUCGUUCAAAAGUUGCCAAUUAUCAACGCGAUGGACCUCAAGCUUAUGAUAAUCAAGGAUCUGCACCAAACUACUAUCCCAAUAGUUUUUCUGGACCAGAACAACAACCUGCAUAUAGUAUGUCUUCAUUCAAUGUUUCUGGUGCUGUGGCCAAGUAUGACUUAAGUAAUGAUGAUAACUAUACCCAGGCAGGAUUACUUUAUAGAAAUGUUUUACCUAAAGAUGAACAAAAUAGAUUGGUAGAAAAUAUAGUCGACAACUUAAAACACGCUGCUGAUUUUCUACAAGAAAAGGCAAUUUAUCAUUUCACUCAAAUUGACAAUGAUUUAGGUAAAAAACUAAGAGAACAUUUGAAGUUGGCUAAGUGUUCAAAAGCAAAUCUUUAAUAAUUUUAAUAAACCACAUAAUUAUUUAAAAUAAAAAACAAUUAAAAUUAUAAA